AAGGGGGUCACAAUUAUGUUAAAUAGGCAGGGCUCAAAUAUUUGCCCUGUUCAAGCUAUGGCCAAUUUUUUGCUAGUAAGACCUCAUUUUACAGGACCUUUGUUUUGCCAUUUUGGAGGGAAGCCACUUACCCGUUAUCAAUUUUCGGCAGUUUUAGAUAGAAUUAUUAUGGCUAUUGGCUUGGAUAAGAAAUAUUACAAGUCUCAUUCUUUUAGGAUAGGGGCUGCAACAGUUGCAGCAGACAAGGGGUUUUCAGAUGAAGAGAUUAAAAUGGCUGGCAGAUGGAAGUCCACUGCUUUUCAAGCUUAUAUUAGAUCACCACUUACUCCAACAUCUCCUAUAUCUUAAGUUUUCCCAAUUUUUGGUAUGCAUUACAGGCUGUGUAAAAACAGACAGAAUAACAGUUUGGAUAGUCGGUUCAUCAAUCAUAAAAAAGGCAUCAAUAGCGGCAAGAAAUAGACCGGGGGGAUGGAGCUUAGGCCUGAACCAAAGAGGAGUAGAUAUUUGGUGGCAGGGGUAUGGCGGUCUAAAAUUCAUACACCUGGUCAAAAAAGUCAGAUACUUGGCCACUUUAGAGUACCCCCCUAAAUAUUUGCUUAUCCAUUGUGGGGCCAAUGAUUUAGGUCAAACUAAACUCCAGAGCUUAUUGCAUAGAAUCAAAGCUGACAUCAAAUUGCUUUCAGGUAUAUUCUCUCACACCACACUUAUAUGGUCCUUCCUUCUCCAACGUAUUUCUUGGAGACACUCUCAAAAUGUAAGGGCUAUAGAACAGGCUAGGAAUAGGUUGAAUAGGUGGGCAGCCAAUCAGGUGUUUGCUUGUGGGGGGAAAAUUCUCACCCACCCCCAAUUCAUAGGGAAACCAGCACAACUCUAUCACUCAGACGGGACUCAUUUAUCGGACUUGGGAAAUUAUAUUUUUCUUAGCAAUAUCCAAGGGGCCCUAGAAUAUUUCGCAAAUGGGGGAGAAAGCAAAGAGUUUCCUUGUAAAUAAAGUAAGGUAGGCAUUCAGACUGGGGGGGGGGGGGUAUUUUAGGCAAUGGCACAGUGGUCGGUUCUAUUGAAGGUUCCUACCCCCACCAUGUGGCGGUGGGCUCCCUGAUUAAUUUUCUGCAAUUGCACAAAUGUAAUCAGGUUGCCCAUAUGGCCAAAUCGUCACCUUCAAGUUGGUUGUGAAAAUAUACGUUGACUGUUGAUGAUGGUUGAAUGUUGAUUUGACAGUUUAAUUUCAUUUUAUGUAAAUAAUUAAGAGUUGAAUACUUGUGUGUUGUAUGUGUCGGUAGCAUGAUUGAGAUCAACCCAGCAUGUUACUUGCCCUUUCGGACGACGCAUAAUAUGUUGUUGUUGGGGGUGAGCCCUGUUGUUCGGCGACCCCACAGAUGUUGUUUCUGACCACUGUGGCCAAUAUAUUCCAUACAAUAAACCCAUACAUUUACAUCGUGUUUUUAUUCUGAAAAAGACA